UCGGCAGCUCACAUUAUCAGUCAUGAAGACCAUUCUUGUGUUUCUGAUGCCCAUUUUGUUUGGGAACGUUGCAGUGGAGGCACUGCAGUGUUAUGCCUGUUUGAACGUAAACAGCAGUGCUCAGUGCAACCAGAACACGGUGACCUGCACUUUCUCAGGCGACACCUGCAUGACCAUCGUCUCCCAAAUGUUGGGAGUCCAGUCCAUUUCUAAGACCUGCACCACCAGCUCGGCGUGCGCAGCAGCCACCUCCACCAACCUCAACCUAGGAGGGUUAGGGGGGAACCAGGUCACCUGCUGUCAGACUGACCUCUGUAACGUCAACGGUUCAUCAGUCUCUGGACUCAACUUCCUGUUGCUCAGCUUGUCUUUUCUCAUAUCUGGCCUGGUUCUGUCUCUGUGAAUCAAGUUUUUGAAAUUAAUGAAUGAACAACUGAAGUUAAUAUGUGGGUUCAUCUUUGCUGUUUUUUCUUUAUUUAUUGUUGCUGAUCCUCAGAGUCUAUGUUGGACAGGAAAUAAAUAAAAAGUUGUCCUAUCUGUGCUGGUUCUGUCACUGUGAAUCAAAGUUUUCGAAAUGAA